AUGGAUACACUGCAUAAGCUGUACGGACGGCCAGAAAUUUUAAUCAGUUCGCUCCUGAAGAAGGUGCGAAAUGUGCCUCCACCCAAGUCGGAGAACUUGAGCACGAUUGUCGCAUACGGAUUGGCGAUUCAGAACAUGAUCGACCAUAUCGUCUUGGCUGAUCAACAAGCUCAUUUAUCGAAUCCAAUGCUGCUCCAAGAGUUGAUCGAUAAACUGCCCACCUCGCUGAAGAUGCAGUGGGGAACCUACAAGCAGGCCUUCGGAAACGUCAACUUGGCGACGUUCAAUGGUUUCAUGGCAGGCCUUGUCAAUCUGGCAUCUGAGCUGACCAUCGAUGUAGAUUCCGCUCAAAAUCAUCACAAACAAGUGAGAGCGGAAAAGCCCAAGCAGAGAGAAAAGCUGUUUACACAUGCCAACGAGUCACCUGAUGCAACGAUGAGAAGGAAAGAUACUUCAGUCGAAGAGUCCUCGUCGAAAGCCUGCUCAUACUGCGGAAACGAAGGGCAUCAAAUCCUCAGCUGUUCCAGAUUCAAAUCGUUGGACAUCGGAGCAAGAUGGAAGGCAAUGCGCCAGAAGAAUUUGUGUCGCUUGUGUCUCGUUCCACAUCGAAAGUGGCCUUGCCGAUCCAAGAAAGAAUGCGGCGUGGAUGGCUGUCGGAUCCGGCAUCACAUGUUGCUACACAGUAAUCAGUCUCAUCGCAGCGAGCCAGUACCACCAACGAAGCCAUCUGAAACCGUACAUCACAACUACCAUCACACGAAGUCCUAUUCCCUAUUCCGUUAUCUGACAGUUACACUCUACGGAAACGGGAAGGAAGUAGAAACCUACGUAUUCCUAGAUGAUGGAUCGUCGUCGACAUUGUUGGAAGAGGCGAUUGCAGUUCAGUUGGGGAUCGAUGGGGUGCCAGACAACCUCUGGUUAGGAUGGACCGGAGAGAUCGGCAGGCAUGAGAAGAGUUCCAAAAGAGUCAGCGUAAAGAUUUCCGGCAGUGGCAAGACAGAAACGUUCCACUUGAACAACGUACGGACCGUGCCCUACGCACAUCUACAAGGCCUUCCUGUCAACAGUUACAAGGAUGCGAAACCAGGAAUGAUCAUUGGCAUCGAGCACGUACACCUUCUUACCAGUCUCAAGAUCCGUGAAGGUUGUAAGAGUGCUCCGGUCGCAACGAAAACUCGGCUCGGCUGGUGCAUCUUCGGAAGGAAUUCUGGCAGCGUAGGGUCAGUAGAGCAACUGAACCUACAUGUCUGUAAGGAAAUGAGUAACAGUGAUCUGUACGACUCGAUGAAACAGUUUUUCGCCGUCGAAGAAGCCGUGGUGACCAAGCCACUUGAGUCCAAAGACGAUCAGCGAGCUAACAAUAUCUUGGCAGCGACAACAGUACGACGAGGGUGCCGAAUCGAGUCUGGAUUGCUUUGGCGCAAAGACGACAUCUACUUUCCUGAAAGCUACAAGAUGGCGAUGAGUCGGCUCCGAGGGCUAGAGAAGCGCCUGUCCAGGGAUGCAGAGCUGCGCAGAAGAGUGAAUGAGCAGAUUGCGAGUUAUGAAGAAAAGCAGUACAUCAGUAAAGGGUCUCUAGAAGAGGUUGCCAGUCUGAAUCCACACCGUGUCUGGUACUUACCUCUAGGUGUAGUGAUCAACCCCAAGAAACCAAAUAAAAUUCGUAUGGUUUGGGACGCGGCCGCAAAGGUUGGGGGAGUUUGCUUCAACGACAUGCUCCUUAAAGGCCCGGAUCUUCUCGUAUCGCUCAUGGAAGUUCUGUUGCGGUUCAGGCAAGGAAAAGUUGUAGUGUGUUCCGAUAUCCGGGAAAUGUUUCUGCGCAUCCUCAUUCGAGAAGAAGACAAGUGGUCACAGUGCUUUCUCUGGAGGAGUAGGCCUGAAGAGGACGUGCAAGUGUAUGUGAUCAACGUGGCAAUGUUCGGUGCAACGAGCUCUCCGUGUACAGCACAGUAUGUGAAGAACUGGAACGCAUCAGAAUACAGUGACCAGUAUCCCAGCGCAGUAGAAGCGGUAAUCAAUAACCACUACGUCGACGACUUCCUCGACAGUGUCAACUCGGUGGAAGAAGCGGUAGAGCUUGUACAGCAAGUGAAAGACAUACAUGCAGCGGCAGGUUUCCAAUUCAGCAAAAUACUGUCCAACGAGCAGGAAGUACUAGACCGACUUGGAGAAACAAGUUCAGCUAUCAGUAAGCCACUGCCCGUAGACAAGGAUCGAGCAUACGAACGCGUUUUGGGCAUAACGUGGAUUCCUUCAGAGGACAUCUUCACUUUCAGCUACGAGGGAUUGGAGGAAGUUCUUGGUACCGACUGGACGGUGCCGACGAAGCGUCAGGUUCUGCGUAUCGUCAUGAAGCUAUACGACCCCCUUGGAUUCGUCGCACACUUCGUCGUGCAGGGCAAAAUAUUAAUGCAGGAAGUUUGGCGAACGGGCACGAAUUGGGACGAGCCGAUAGCAGAACAGCUACACGAUCUAUGGAGUAGGUGGAUCGAACUGUACCGGAAGAUCAACGAUGUGAGCGUUCCUCGCUGCUUCUUCAAGGAAUUAUGCCCAAAGCAGGUCAGAGAUAUCCAAAUCCACGUCUUCACGGACGCAAGUGUGUCAGCCUGUGCUUGCGUGGCGUACCUAAGAAUGACAGUAGAAGGAGAGAGCCAGUGUUCGCUGAUCGCCGCAAAAACCAAAGUGGCACCACUUCGUUCACUCUCAAUUUCACGUUUGGAGCUGAAGGCGGCCAUGAUGGGAUCUCGCUUGCUACAGAAUAUCUGCUCAGCGCUCACAAUCAGUAUUCAAAGCCGUUUCCUGUGGACAGAUUCAGCAACAGUUCUGGCGUGGCUUCGUUCGGACAGUCGUCGCUAUCAUCAGUUCGUGUCCUUCCGCGUUGGAGAAAUUCUUUCGCUGACCAGUGUGAACGAAUGGCGCUAUGUACCCUCACGAGAAAAUGUGGCAGACGAUGCCACGAAAUGGAAUGCCGGACCAUCAUUCGAUCCAGAAUGCCGUUGGUAUCAAGGACCAGCUUUCCUGCAAGAUCCGGAGAGUCAAUGGCCUACGGAGCGUUCCGACGGUACAGUGGAAGCAGAAGCGGCUUGCGAAGAAAUCCGCGUCGUUGCUCUUCACCGAACGGUGGAGGAAGUGGUAGAUGUGCAGCGCUUUUCCAACUGGAACAGGCUAUUACGUGCGAUGGCAUAUGUUCACCGAUCUGUUGCAGUAUGGAAACACGAAGCAAGUGAGGAGCGGCCGCUCACAGUACCAAGUCAGACGGAAUUCAAGAAAGCAGAAGAAACACUAUGGCGGCAGGCUCAGUCCCAGGUGUAUGCGGAGGAAGUCCGUCUGCUGAACGGAGGACAUAGUGUUGCGAAAGGGAGUUCGAUUCGUGCGCUGUGUCCAUUCAUGGACGAAAGAGGAGUUCUACGAGUUGGGGGCAGAAUCGAACAUGCUCCGACUCUUUCCUACGAGGCGAAGAAUCCUGUCGUUUUGCCAAGGAACCAUAGAAUCACGUAUCUCCUGAUGCUUGGCUAUCAUCAGCGGUUCCUUCACGCGAACAGUGAGACAGUUUGCAACGAGUUGCGUCAGCAAUUUUACAUUCCAAGAAUGCGCAGUGCAGUUAGGAGCGUCUAUCGCAGCUGUCAGUACUGCAAGAUCAAAAAGGCCACUCCAGCUCCACCGAUGAUGGGACCACUCCCAAAGGUCCGAUUAACUCCCUUCGUUCGUCCGUUCACAUACACUGGAGUAGAUUACAUGGGACCCUUCGAAGUAAAAGUCGGUCGCAGUAUCGUGAAACGAUGGAUCUGUCUAUUCACCUGCCUUACAGUACGCGCAGUUCAUUUAGAGUUGGCACACAGUCUGUCAACAAAGUCAUGCGUGAUGGCAUUCCGACGAUUCGUCAACCGACGAGGAGCUCCACUCGAGGUCUUCUCAGACAACGGCACCAACUUUGUAGGGGCCAGUCGUCAGCUGUCGGAGGAGAUGCAGAAGAUCAACGAAAUCAACGAGGAUUGUGCUUCAACAUUUACCAACGCCCGUACGCAGUGGCACUUCAAUGUUCCUGCAGCUCCACACAUGGGAGACCCAUGGGAGCGGAUGGUGAAAUCAGUAAAAGUGGCAAUGUCAGCAAUAUCGAACAGUCCUCAUCAUCCUAGCGACGAAGUAAUGGAAACGGUAAUGCUGGAGGCGGAGGGGAUUGUUAACAGCCGUCCACUCACCUACGUACCAUUGGAAGCCAUCGACAGAGAAGCACUAACUCCAAACCACUUCUUGCUGUACAGUUCAAGCGGAAACAAACAGUUAGUAGUCACAGCCGACCAAUCAGUUACUCUCCGAGACAGUUGGACCAUUGCAAGAAAUAUCAUGGACGAGUUUUGGCGCAGAUGGGUGCGGGAGUAUUUACCGAUGUUAACCAGAAGGACGAAGUGGUUUGACAAUGUGAAGCCGAUGGAGCCCGGUGAUCUAGUUGUGAUUAUCGACGAGAACGCUCGGAACUGUUGGGAGCGAGGACGGAUUCUGGAAGUCUUUCCGGACAAGUCAGGACAAGUGCGACGCGCGACAGUGCAGACGGCCCGAGGUGUAUUCGCUAGACCUGCAGUAAAACUGGCAGUAUUAGACGUUGUUGGAAACCAUCGGGAGCCGGAAGAAGUCGCCACGGAAACGGAAGUGGUUCACGGGGCGGGGGAUGUUACCGGCAACACUGUUGACCGCGAAACGGUGGUGAAUCCACCGUCCGUUCCCUCGCAACUGAGCGACUGCAUUCGAGUGGAAUGA